GUGGGUAAGGAUUGAACGCGAACGAGCAGUGCUGAGGAGAGGGAGGAGAGAAAUCUUUCCACCGGUUUACGUUGCGCAGAGCGGCUGGUUAGUGCCCUGCUGCCCGUGAUGCGAUGGGGUGAGGGCGACAAAGAUCUAGACGGGCGAGGAACGGGGCGACCGACCGCCCGCGAUCUGAUGGGGUUAGGUCGACAACGAAUAAGGCAGCGGAGUAACGGUGAGAGAGCGAAGAAAGGGCUUCUGGUGAUGGGAUUGCUCGCUCAUUAACGACGUAGCGCUUGUUGUCUCAAGGUGGUCAACACAGCAGGUGGUGAGAGAUUGGCAGGAGGUCGUAGCAGGGAAGUCGGAGGCGGGUGGCGGGGGAGUUCGGCAGGAGAAAGACGAACUGCCUUGUUUUAUGCGAAGGGAAGGAAGAUAGAUCGCUUUUAUGGGCGAUCCUGGCGCGGCCGGUGUUGAGCGAGGCUGCUUUAAGAGCGAGAUGAUGAGCCCCUCGGCUUGUCAUGCGAAUGAGGAUGAGCUUUUGGCGACCGCUGAGAGGUAUGCUGCCGAUCUCAUCGCCCAGAUUCAGCCGUCUAAACGGUCAGAAAUUCGCCGACAUGCUGUGGCACGACGUGUGCAAAGUUUAAUCCAGAAAUGUUUCAACUACCAUUGCAAGGUGUUCACAUUUGGGUCUGUGCCUCUCAAGACUUAUCUUCCUGAUGGCGACAUCGAUCUCACUAUCUUUUCCCAAGAUGUGGCUUUGGGGGAGAUUUGGCACGAGCGGCUGAAGGCAGCUCUGGAAGAGGAGGGCAGCAACAGGGAUGCAGAAUUUCUGGUUGAGAAAGUCCAGUACAUUCAAGCAGAGGUGAAAUUGGUGAAGUGUCUGGUGGGUAGCAUUGUAGUUGAUAUAUCCUACAACCAGUUAGGAGGGCUUUGCACACUGUGUUUCCUCGAGGAGAUUGAUCGGAUGAGGACAGACCAUCUCUUCAAAAGGAGUAUAAUUUUGGUGAAGGCAUGGUGCUUCUACGAGGCGCGUAUCUUAGGUGCACACCAUGGACUUAUUUCCACUUAUGCUUUGGAGACACUCGUUCUUUAUAUUUUCCAGCUAUACCAUUCUACCUUGCAUGGACCUCUUCAGGUUCUUCUCAAGUUCCUUCAGUUCUUCAGCUCAUUUGACUGGGACGGGUACAUACUUAGCAUACAUGGGCCAAUACCUUUGGAAAGACUCGCUAACCUACUUGCCGAGAACUCAUUGCAUCGAGGUGGGCACCUCUCAUCCUCAGAAGAAGGGGGCAAGGUUCUACUGAAUGAUGAAUUCUGGAUGAAAUGCCGAUUGGAGUACUCAGUGAAUAUCCAAGAUGGCCGUGCGAGGCAGUUCAAUCCCAAACACAUGAAUGUGAUGGAUCCCCUGAUAGUGACGAAUAACCUUGGUCGGAGUGUUAGUAAGAGCAAUUUCACCAAGAUUAGAUAUCAGCUGAAUGCUGGAGCAAGGGCUUUGUCAGGGAUCCUCAAUAGCCCAAAAGAGAAGAUAGCACCUUCCUUGGAUGAUUUUUUUUCCUACAGCUGGGAUAGAGUGCGACUGGCGAGAAGACCAGAUGUGCCAGAUGCAAUUCCAUCAAGAAGCAGUGAAAGAAUUGGUAACUUGUCAGGAAGAAAGCACAGCGAGGUGGUUUGGCAGCCAAGGCAUCCUUACGAGCUGUAUCCGCCACCUCCCCAUUCGCUUCAGGAUCACCAGGCCUAUCUGCACAAGAGCAUAGGCUGUUGUGGUGGGCCUGAUGGGAGUUUGCAGAGGGAGCGGCAAAUCGUUAAGGGAGCAGAUGCAUUGAACGUGGAGGUUGAGCUGCUGUCGGUGACUGGAAAUGCGGCCUCGCUUGAUGGCUCAGGGCUCGGUGAUCCUGGUGGCGAGGGGUGGUGGAGGGACGGCACUGGACGGAGGGCCACUGGUGGACUUGUGAAUGGGGCAGAAGGCAGCCUCAAGUAUGUCGACCGUAGGAACAUCACUGGAAGGCCCAUGGGUGUCAGGAGGAUCAGUCAGAAUGAGAGAGCAGUGAGAAUGGGUGAGGAUGGCAGGGGAGGCAGAGUGUCAAGCGUAGGUGGAAUGAGAUCACCGAAUGAUGAGCAAAGGGACCAGAGGACCAAUGGUCAUAUGGGCUCGACGACGGGUCACUUCAGCAUGCCAAGCAGGGAAGAACACAGAGGCGUGAGCUAUGAGAGUGGGAUGGGGAUCGGUAUAAGGAGGUCAGGGGAUGAUGCUCAGGAUCAGACGGAUGAUUUCUCAAGAUGGGAAGGGGAAGGGGAUUGUAGAGCCAGAGCAAUGGAUCGGAAUGUUGGGUAUAAUUCCGUGAAUUGCAUCCGACCUACACCUGUGCAGAACGAAGCAGCUGCAUUCAAUUGGGGAAUGGUGGGUGGUGUACAUGGAGGGGCAGGAAUGGAGCUAGGCAACGAGGAUGAUGCUUCAUCAGCCUCAUCUUCAGGUGGGUGGUAUGGCAGCGAAAUAGAAGGAGAGGGAAGUUAUGCCUCCUUGCAAUUAGUGGGAAGACAUGUUGCUUCUGGAAGGAAUAGAGACAUGCUGACGAACGGGAGUGCGAGGCUGUUCUCUAGAACUGGAGGUUUUAUGGACCACGCGUUGCCGAUUGAAAUGAGUGGAAAGCGCGCAGGUUUGACUGGUAAAGUGCAGAACUCGGGGGGGCCCAGUUUGUCGAUUGUGCAUCCAGGGCUGACUAUGCCAUUGCCUUUGCCCAUACGUGCAUUUCAGCUGCCAAUGUCUGUUCCGAUAGUCUCGGCAGUGAUGAUGCGUCCGAUCCCUAUUCUCGGCGAAGAGCAGGCCAUGCAAGGUAGUGCGAUGGGCAGCAAUGGUAGUAUGGAAGAAAGCCUGCAGGGCCCUCGGCCAGCUACAGGGCUACGUGCGUUCCCUCUUGGAGAUCUCGGUGCGAUGGGAGUUCAGGGAGAAGGUCCUAGUUGUACGCAUCGCGCACAUGGGAUGAGGAGUGCAUCACAUCCUCCAUUGUCUCAGGUUGGGCUCUCAGGAGGCGGUCGUGGGCUCCCAAUCCAUCCCAUGCUGAGUGAGAAGGCACAAGGCCAUGGGCAUCUGACGCACAUUGCACACCAGAACGGCAUGGACGAAGAACAGCUGCAAAGGAUCAUAAUGGGAAUGGAGCAACAGCAGAGGAUUGCGAUGGGAAUGGAGCAAGAGCAGCAUCAACAGCAGCAACAACACUAUCUGCAGCACCACCAAUUGCUUCACGAUAGACAUCACAGGGGUGCGGGUUUCGGCAUGCUGCCAGUAAAUAGUUGGGUUGAAGGCGGCAGAGCAAUGGUACCAACAGUCCAAUCACAGGGUGGCCUCAGGCUUGACCAGCCACUAUCUAUUUUUCCACCGGACCCUGUAGGCCCUCACCUUGGGGGCUUAUCCCCAUGUGGUGUUGGGGGAAUCAUGUUGCACAUGCCGGGGAGGCUUGGGAGUGCUUCAGCAGCAGUGAACACACAGUCUAGGGGCGUUGAUAUGCAGACACUCGGAGGACACCUUCCAAAUGCACCACCUCGGCAGCAGGGCCCAUUGGAGCGAAUGUACGAAUCACGGGAUGGAAUGCUUAUGCCUUCUAGACGGGGUUUGUUUGAGGAUGUUCAGGGCAUGGAAAUGCCACCUGGAGUAGCGACUCCCAAAAAGGUUGAGGGCGAUGACAGUGCAAGUAAAGGGAAAGUUCCUUUUGGCAGUGUAAUCCAGUCUAAUAAUAGAUCAGGAGGCCUGAAACACAGAAACGGAAAGGCGAGGACUGGAGGGAAGGUCUGGGGUGUAACAACUGGGGAAGUGGAAAGCGUGAUGAUGGAUACGAUGAGAAGAGAUGCCGGCAGGUCACGGGAUCAAAUCAAGAGAAUGGGAGAACCUUGCCGAACUCCUGCACAAUUUGAGGCACGGGAGAGAAUGGCAAUAGGUGUGAUGUUUCCUCAAUUAAUCCCCCAAUCCCCUGGUAGAAACUCAGAGGCCAUUUGCAGCCAGUUUUGUGUGCCUUCGCAAUCACCCCCUACUUUGCCACCAAAUAUGCCCAUACAGUCUCUGAAUCCUCGAGCUGUGGAUCCGUUGUGUGUGCCAUGUCCACCAUCAGAAGUGACUCUCAGCUCCUCCACUCUGCCCCCAGGGAUGCCCAUUGGAGGGGCCAUGUUUAUGCCAAUGAGCCAUCUGCCUCAGAUGCCAUCAAUCUCCGUUGCAGGAACUCCUGCAAGCUCUCUCGGAUCAGCAUAUCACUGUGCAUUUAUGGCCACUAGUGAAUCGCAGCUACUGAGUACUGCCGGCUCUCCAAGGAUCAGGCCAUCACCACCAUGUGCACUCCAGGCACAGUUUCCCGUCCUUGUUCAGGGUCCAUAUUACCCUUAUUACAUCUGCCUAGGCAUGGAAAAUGCAGAGAACUUGACGACUGAUUUCCAUAAUAGGGCCACUUGUGGCGGUCUGGAUGAUCAGGUUGGUCCAGAGGGGUCCGGGAACCUACGAACUCCUGUCGGGGAUCGAAGACAGCAUGGAGGUUUGCAGCCCUGGCUGGUGCAGAAGCCAAAUCAUCAUUCAGUGCUUGCGAGCUCAGUCAGGCCCCUUAAUAGUUAUGGAAUUAGCAAGGGUCGAGAUGAAGUGGGCGGAGAAGGCAUGGAGACUGUGGUGUUUAAGGAUGGACCUGACCUUCUAACUGGUGUGAUAGAUGCCUAUCGAGAGAAUCUAUACUUUGGCAGAGCAUGUCAAAACAAUCUUCUACCAACUACUCUCCCAGCCAACCAGUUAGUUAACUAUCUGCCAAACCAGUCAUCUUGGCAAAUGGAAAGUGGCAGAAGGACAAGGGACGGGUUCAUGAGUAUGCCGCCAAUGAUGCAAGGAAUGAUGCAGCCACAGAUGGGGCCCAGGCCUGCUCCUUCAGGCCACCAUGUGAAUCUUGCUGGGCAGGAGCAGAACCCAGGAAACUUUCCUACACGGAGAAUGCGCUAUGGAGACAAGGUGUCCAAGAUGUCCCGUGGAACAGGUGCAUUCAUCAAUUCAGUCACGCGUUAACAGCCAACGAGCAUACAGGUUCAGUGAGCAGGGUUGACUUUGUUGGUGGGAGGGGCUGAGAGUUGGCAGCAUCGAGGGAGUUUUGUUCUCUGGUUGUUGGGCCGCAGGGCCAGGGAUAGGAGAGGUAGGGGAUGGAGAAGAAGGUGCGUCAGAGUGUGGCCGAGGAAUGUUUGAUCAUUUCUAGCUCUCUUGUCUGCACUGGGCACGUAACACGUGGGCGGUGUGGUAGAUUGCAGACAAGAUCUCUUUAGCCAAAAACUUUAAGAGUUUUCGGCAGGCUGUGACUUGGAUUGAGUGGAGGUUUCAGGCAUGAAGCUGCCCAUCCGUUUUUAGCUCCAGAAUGCUACUUUGAAAGCAUUGCGUUUGUAUAAGAGGCAGGCAAGCGUGCUCAAGCUGGGUGAUAGCCAUUUCUUGGAGACACGUUGUUGUUGUUGUUGUUGUUGUUGUUGUUUUGUUUUUUAAGGAAAGAAAACCACGGUGCUCUGGGACUCGAUCCAUGUUUCCUUUUUAGUUAGUAGCUCACCUUCAGAGUCCAGGGAUUAAGCCCUGUUGACUCA